CCUCACAGGUUGUGGCUCUGUGCUCGCCCGCCGUACACCAAUGAGCAGUCGAUAAAAUUGCAGGGAAGUUACCGGUGUUUAUUUACGGGAAGUGUUUGAAUAAUUGUGUCAGGUAUCGCCUACUGGUGAGAAACAACUCGGAUGGUUGCUUCAGUUCAGCCUCCGUGUUAGGUGGCGAUUAAAGUCGCAUCUUAAAGCCACGACUCAGGGAUGCAGGUGGCUGCUAAAAGGCUCAGUCGGUGCACGGACCUGUUAAUUAAAGUGUAAUUUUGCGAAAAUCUGCUCGGUCAAGAUAACCUUUCGUGUGCAGUCCGCCGAAUUUACUGGGACAUCCGGGUCACAGCUUUUACAGGGUGUUUGUGUAAACAAGCUGUUGUCCCACUGCAAAGUUCGCUUCAACGGAGCUGCCACACAGGGAAGUCCUCUCAUUCACAUCAGACCUGGAGUGUGGAAAUAACCUGCCGACAAAAUGAACCAGAUCGGGAGGUCGCAGAUGUUGCUGGUGUUGGUGGGGUCUGUGCUGGUCACAGGUGUGGCUUGUAACUGUGUACCACGGUGUCAAAAUGGUGGCCAGUGUCGUCAAAAUAUUUGCAUUUGUAGACCAAACUUCAAUGGAACUCACUGUCAGAUUGAUCGAAGGCCCACCAACCCUUGUUACUUCGAACGGUGCAAGAACGGCGGCACCUGCAUGCAACUGGGCCUCGGGUACAUGUGCUCCUGUUCAGAAGGGUACACUGGGACAAACUGUGAAAAUGUCGGCAGCUGGAAUACUCCCCCGGCUUCCACAGACACAAGCGACAUGUACAAUCCCCUCGGCGUGCUUCUGGGGGUGGUGCUGUCGCUGGUGGCGUUGGCGGCGGUGCUGGGGCUGCUCAGCUGGUGGAGGAUCAGCAGACGUCAGCAGCAGCUUCGAUACUCAACGCGUCAUGAGCUUGGCAACCACGUGACCAGUCGGAUUCAUCGUAACAGUCGACUGUCGUCCACGUCUGAUAACGUGGUGACGUCGGUGAGCGAGGUCGUCGAGCGUGGGUCUCAUUACGGACCAACGUAUGCACCGUAUGACCCCACGUUAUUCCUCCCCCCGGCCUAUUCGCUGGCCGUCAACGACCCCAAGUACUGCGGCGACGACAACCUGCAAGGACCGCCACCGUCGUACGAAGAAACGAUGACGUUAGGGUCGGAGUCCGUUGGAGGCGAUGAGGCCAGCAGUGAGACUCGACCACCUGACCCGCGGCCACCGGAAGGUCGCGGUGACACUGCGGCGUCAGCUGACCAGACAGGGGAGAUAAUCAGCUAAUUAGCGAGUUGAGCCUGAUUCACAGGUUGAUUACAUAUGGUGGUGAGAGAAUUGCAAACGAUGCUUAGCCCAGCCCUGGACAAAGGCGAUAAUUAGUCGUGAUUAUAGUUUUCCUCAAGGGGAUAAUCAGGGGGCGAUAACUAGUGAAACGUCCACGACGAUAGCAUGCCUUAGCUGUAACAUAUCGAGAGGGCGAUAAUCAGAGUGACUUGUAUGACUGAAGCUGUGAGUUGGUGGGAGGAUGGUGUUUUACUCAGAAUCAGCAACUAAAGCUAUAUCAUGGCAAGCCAGUCAGCCCUGUAAGAAACGUGCAGAAAAAGAACAGCGUGCCCGAGACGAGAGUUGAACCCAGGACACCCAACCUUCACUGUAUUGUGACAGGCGCUAACCGCUGCGCCACCAGGCCACACGUGAAGCUGGCAGACUCUUAAAGACACUGGAUCAAGGGCAAUAAUAAUGAAGGUGAUGGCGCUAGUGUGCCUUUUACAGUCGACAUAGUUCUGAUGAUGAGUGUUCAAUUACAUCGCUCAUCUAAUAACGAUGACGGACUGCAGAGACAGACGAGGACUGACCAAUCCCGACCCCGGAGUGAUGCCACAGGGAGUCACAUCUGAUUUUAUUCUCCCAUUUUAAUAAGUGAAAUUGCUCUUGGCAUUUUAUGUGCGCAUAUAAUUCUGUUUGUCGCAUUCAUGACGCAUGCGGGUACCAUAAGCGGACACAGGUAUGAAACCAAACCAAGAAUGUGCGAGUCAGACAGCUAUGCAUGUAUGGUAUGCCGUGUUGUGGUGACAUUUAAUUGUUUAUGAGGCUAAUUUGUACGGACACAAAUCCAUCACUGGGUACAUUCGUGUUGAGACCAUUGAGGACACAGCAGCCACCUGUGACCGUCGGUUACCUGGGUACAAUGGACACGCAAGGACACGUACAAUAAAACGCGGACUUCUAAAUGCGUGCAAACGGAUGACAAAAAAUAUUCAAAAAUGAGCUGGCAAUUACUGAAACAUGAAGGUGUGCUAUCUGUUAAUAAAUAAUACCUCGAUAAAAAUAAAA